AUGGAUACAUCAAAUCUUAGAGCGAAGUUGAAAUACAGACCUCUCGUUUCUAGAACCGCGAUUCGGUUAGUCGUGAUACAUCCUGGCUCUGGGGAUGAGCCUAUCAGAUGCCACUUAAUACAUACCAAGCUAGGUGAAAUAGCUUACGAGGCAUUAUCCUAUGAAUGGAAAGAAGAAAGUAACGACGAUCCGAUGAUUAACGUGAGCGGUGAAAAUAUCACUGUUCGAAAGAACUUGCAUGAUGCUUUGGUGCACAUUAGGCUCCCCGAAACUGGGCUGCACAUAUGGAUCGAUGCUUUAAGCAUCGACCAAUCUGACAUUUCAGAGAGAAAUGCUCAAAUCAAAAUUAUGGGACAGAUCUACAGUGGUGCUCUAAGUGUCAUCGUUUGGCUAGGCAAUGCGGCAGAGAACAGCGACACUGCAUUCAGGAUGCUUAAAGAGAUUGCUGCUCGAGCCAUUCUCAGGAGUGAUACGACGAACUACAACGAACACAUCAAUCAGCUUAUUCAAUUGUUCGACGGUUUUGAUCAUGAGGAAUGGAAGGCUCUAGUCGCUCUUUGUCAGCCUAUAAAGUACAUUGUGGCAAAGAGUCCAUUGAUGGUAACGACUUCCAAUACUCUAUCGCAAUAUUUUCCGACGGCAGAAUGA